AUGACCCUCAAUAACUCGGCCGUCCAUGAGGUGCCCUGGACAGCACAGAACCAAACGAGGGCGCUGAUUGCAAAGCUACAGUUGGGACAAGUGCAGACGCUGCGGACGAUGCAUCUGACACUUGGGGCAUUCAGUCUGGCGUUGACCCUACUGACGGUUCAUCGGAUCAUCUCAGAUGCGAGGAGGGUGGCUGCAGUCAAGGUCACACCGAAGAAACGGCGGUUCUAUCUUCUCGAAAACGUCCACCCCGCCGAGACCUUCCCACUUGCACUGGCUUGCGGUGCGGUUAUACAACAAAUCAUAUUCGUAGCGGUGCAGAGCACAUCCCUCCAUAGUGUAUUAUCUACUAAAUGUCGAGGACUGGCUAUGGUCACUUUCCCAGCGCUGUUCAUCGUGGGCUACAUUACGCUGGUCUUCGGCUUCGAGAUGGCAUUAAGGGCCUUCAGAUACGAACGAUUCGCACCGCGAGGGAAAUGGAGUGUGUCGAUCUGCAUGGGAGUCUUCUCAUUUCUGGUCAUCCUGACCUGGAUCCCUACAGUCGUGUGGCCAAUGUUUCCCCGCUGCAUGGGUAGUCUCAUCUGGUUUCCGAUGCGAUACGAGCUCAUUUCAAUCGUCAUUUUGAGCAUUUUGACCUUCUUCUUCUUCCUCCUUGCGGCUUUGAUCAGCAUCCAACUAAUGAGAACCUCCGAUAUCGACCCAAAUGAGCGAAUUGCAGCAUCGCGGAUGUGCUACUACCUCCUGGUCGCUGCGUUGGUCUACGUUCUCGUUCUCCCGGUCGAAAUUCAAGCCCAUCGACGAGAUUUCUUAAAUACACUCGCCACUUCAAGAAUUGCUGAGAUCUCUCUCUUUAGUUCUGGGAUCGUUAUCGCAUUCAUUCAUCUCUUCCUCCGCGUGAAUGCCACCCGAAUGGUUAUCAAACCGGUCGGGGAGACGACCGCAGCCCCAAAGACAAAACGACCGAGGAUCCGAUUCUUUGGGCCUAGCGAUCUUGAAAUGAACAUUAGCGGCCCGCUAGCUUUGCAGGGUGGACGUCGUCCGGACAGCCGUCAAGGCCUCAUUGAUGUCGGCCCAGAGAAGAAUCGAUAUGAAUUUGAUGCCGACUACUUCACUCGACCAGAGAAGAUGACACCCCUUAGCCCAGGUUCAAUGCAAUCACAAGGCCCCAUUGAUCCGUCUAAAUGGCCCCUCCCACCAGACCCAAUCCAGACAACAUACUUUGCCGAACCAAAGGACGGUUCAACUGGUCUCCACAAGCGCUCGAAGUCCUCCUAUUCCCUCUUUCCCACGCGUGCCGAGGAGAUUCCUCGCCUGCCUGCGACAGUAUACUCGCCACAGAAAUCCUCCAACCUCGCUGCUCGACGUCAAACCCGACGAAGUUCUCUCGCGGACGCUAAAUCAGUGACAGACGUCAGCGAAGCCUUCAAUUGGCUAGCGGCGCCACCACCGCUCUUCACUGGACGCCCACAUCGCCGCGACGAGAGCACGGACAGCAGUGCGACGGUCCAAAUAGGCCUCCGCUUCUCAGUUGCCCCCGCUGCUAUUGCUGCUGCCAAUUGCACUGCCAUCAACCGAGCAAUGUCACCUGCUAUACCAGGUGCCCCUCCCCUCCGACGCGACAACAGCGACUUAUCCAGCUCUGAGUCCCUCGGUCUUCCUAUCCAAUCUCCCUCUUCGAAGUCAUCUAGCACCGAUAUUCUAAGCGAUGAUCCUAGUUCUAUCUCUAUCCCUAGUUCUCUCAAUUUCCCCGAGCCACCCCGCUUAACAUCUCCGACAAAGACGGGCCUAGGAAAAACACCAGUCUUUCCAGUGCUGGCCAAAGAGGUCGGUCCAUCAGACGUUCAAACAGCACGUGAUAAGAGUCUACCACCUACGCCACGCUCUGCCUACCCUAGUCCACCACCAGCUUCUCAACCACCCCUAAGACCUGGUAUUGUCAGUGGGCUGAGGAUGAAUCCGGUCUCUCCAGCCUCACCACCCAGGUCGGCUACCACAAGGUCACCGACUAGUGCACGGUCGCCCAUCAGCACAAGAUCACCAACUGUUCCUUCGCCCACUGCAAGGAUACCAUUGGGUGCCGGAACAAUGGCAAGGAGUCCUCCACCAAAUGGUUGGAUAUGA